UUUGUGUCUGACUCCGCCCCUGCAUAAGGCGGCGUCGUUUUGAAUGGUUGAAUGGAGUGAAUUGAAAUGGCGGACUUAGUAUGCAGAGGUUUGCGAGAUGGGGUUUUGGAGGGAGAAUAUGCACCUGCUUUACUCAUAAAAGAUACCCUGCAAAUUUCUCUGGGAGUCCAUGUAUUCAAUCACUUUCUCCUCUCUCUAUCUUCGAAUAUUUCAUCGGGAAAAGCUCAGUCCAGGGGGUUGGUCGUUGUCGCGUUUGCUUGUCCACCUUGCUUUUAUGUUGAUUUAUUGAGGAGCAGAGGAAUUGGUGUAGCAUCUUUGUCUAACUGGAUCAGGAUUGUGGAUUGCUAUUCAGAUCCUCUUGGUUGGAAGGACAAACUUUUGAAUUCGGGUUUUUCCGCUCAACUUUCAUCCAAAAGCCAUGACAAGUCCUCUGUUGGAGAUGUUGAAUGUCUUUUCAGGGAUGUUGGGGAUGCUGAAAAAUUGAGUUCUCUGGUUUUUGAUCUUGGUAGAGGAUUAGUUGGACCAGGAAAAGGACGCUUCUCUGUGGCAAUUGACUCGGCAAGUGAAUUGCUGAGGCACACAUCAUUGCUUUCAGUUUCCAGCCUGAUAAAUAAUCUUCGUAGCCAUGAUCAAGUUGCAUCUCUCUUCUGGUUGUUGCAUUCGGACCUUCAUGAGCCCAGAGCAAUUUUGUCCCUUGAAUACUUGUCUAGUAUGGUGGCUGGUUUGGAACCCAUCGCUUCGCCUUCAACAGAUGCUCAAAGAAAUCACCAUAAUCACCUAUUUCAGCUUGAACAGAACUCUAGAAGAGGAAAAUUGCACAUGAGGUUGAAGCGCCGGAAUGGGAGAGUCAAAAUUCUCUUUGAGGAGUUUGAUGUGGAGCAAGGGGGCAUCAAGUUUGUUCCAGUUUCUUUGGGAAAUGCUAUUCGGAAUGAUGCUAUUUUGCCUAAGGUUCAGUUCAAUCUCCAACUAACUGAUAAAGAACGAGGUGAUAGGGCAAAAGUUAUACUUCCCUUUGAACACCAAGGGAAUGGCGAGGACAUAAAGAUUUAUGACGGUCGAGGACCCAUUGCAGAUGCCCCAAAAAAUAUAUUUCCCACCCCACGGUUGGAUGAAUCAGCUUCUGCAACAAUAACCACAUCAUCCAAUGGUGGAAAAGGUGAGAUCCAUUAUUUUCGUGAUUCAGACGAAGAGGCUCUUGACACCGAUGAAGAUCCAGAUGAUGAUUUGGAUAUUUGAGUUUCAUUCUCAGGUCUGUUUCCUUCGAUUAUUACGGGAAAAAGAAUACACAAUUUUAAAAUCAAUAGUUCGUUUGUUUGUUCUCGCUUUGUCAGGUUCUUACGAGUUAUUGGUCUUCUUCAGCCAGUGUAGAAUGUAAUGUUCCCAGGAAUGAUAUUUCAAAAGAUGAAGUAUAUUUCCAAGGUUUUCCUUGUUUUCAAAC